UUAUUGACACCGGAAGUAGUGAGUGAAGCUCCACACGUGCGGUUUGUUCAGGAUUUGAAGGUUAUAGCCGAGGCAGCGGACAGGUUCAGGUGGUCUGUCCGCAGAGUGAGGGCUAAAGCCGGGUGAGAGUGACCGGGAAUAGUGUGUGAGCGGCGGACAGACGCAGACAUGGAUCCUAUGAAGGCGCAGCAGCUUGCGGCGGAGCUGGAGGUGGAGAUGAUGGCUGACAUGUACAACCGAAUGACAAAUGCGUGCCAUCGGAAGUGUGUUCCUCCACAUUACAAAGAGGCAGAGCUCACCAAAGGAGAGUCUGUGUGUUUGGACCGAUGUGUGGCCAAAUACUUGGACCUUCACGAGAGACUGGGGCGCAAACUGACCGAACUGUCCGUGCAGGAUGAGGAGAUGAUGAGGAAAGGGGCUGUCGGGAGCGGAUAAAAGGAAAAUGAUUUAAAACAACAAAAUAUAUAACAUGACUAGUGGGAAGCAACAGGGGAUUUUUGCUCGAAAUGGGAAACUGAAAUAAAAAAACAGGAAGUACUCUCUCAAGUGGGACUGAGCAGAAGCAUGAUAAGAAAGAGUUACCUGUUUGUCUUCAAAUAAAAAAAAGUUGGACUGAAUAUGCUUCUAGCCAUGGACUGUAUGUAGUUGCCAAUUGGAAGACACAUUUUUAUCUUCCACCAUCACAGUUGAUUGUUUGUGUGAAUAUUUGGCAGGUCAAAGAAUUCAACCAGAUCCUCAAUUUUGUUUCUUCGCUCGAAACAAUAUUUUAAGUUUUAUUUCUUGCGAAACACUUUUUGAGAUGCUCUUAAGACUGCUUCAGUAGGAUGGUUAACAACUUGAUCAAGCUGUUAUGUAGGCAAUGUCUAUUUACAGUAAACUGAUGGACAAAGCUGGAUGCACUGAAGUCUAGAAGUCUUUAUAAACGCACUAUGCAUUGUUUAGUCUAUGAGAAGAACUUGAUCUUUCUCUGUUGUACUGGAUUUUCUGAUUACUUAUAGCAGGAGUGUCAAACUCAUUUUGGUCCGGGGGCCGUAUCCAACCUACUUUGAUCCUAAAGGGGCCGGAUCAGAAAACUCAUGGCAUAUAAACCCCAAAAAUAAUAAGUUCAAAUAAUUGCGCAGAGAAACGCAAAUCUAUUACAGAAAUCUUUUUUAAUUGAUGAACUCUUUCUUUUACAAAAUAUUAUAAUAUUAUGAAAAAAAAAUGCUAUUUCAACACAAUGUUUUAACAUUAACUUGUAUGCAAAUAGGAAUAAGUAAAUUUUUCUUGGAAAAUCCUGCACUCGGCGUCCACUUUUCUCAUGUUGGACAUUUUGCUGAUGAGGGUGUCAUCUUCAUUUGUGCUGCUCUGGUGGGAGGGGCCACGUACAGAGGCGCUGGAGACGCUGCUAUGCUAAGCGGAACAGAAAAUUACCAAUAUUUUAAUAGAAAAUAUGAUUCAAAUAUUUUAGUAGAAAAUCAGAUGAGGUCCAGAUUAAAGGUCUUGGAGGGCUGGAUCCGGCCCCCGAUCCUUAUGUUUGACACCUGUGACUUAUAGGAUAUUUACAUAAAUGAUGUGAGAACUAUUUUGUGCUUUGUCUGUGGACCAUGUAUUGAUUUUUUUUCUGUUUUAUUUGUAGGAUUUUUUAUCUUCAUAUUCAAAGUCACAUAAUGUUUAAAUGUCAGUUGUCUCAAAUAAACCAAUACAAUUAUAAAUCA